AUGCCACUAGAACCGAUUCGAUUCUUGGGAACAAGCGCAGGCGUAAUUGUUGGCGGGUUAGUGAUCAUAAACUUGGUUUCCUCGGCAGCCAUGGGCGCAUUUCGAUUCACCAUUGAAGAGAAACGGAAGAAGAAAACCGGAUUGAUUUGUAGAGCAUGCCGUGGGAAAGGGUUUUACAUUUGUAGAUUAUGCAAAGGAAGCGCAACGAUAAAAUGGUCGCCAUUGUAUGAUCCAGUUUGUAUCAAUCCUUGUCUUUGUCCUACAUGUGAUGGUAACAGGGUACAACGAUGUCUCAACUGCAUAGGAAAAGGAUAUUGUUAA